GAGGUUCAAUGCCAAAAAUAUCAGUUUGUCACUAAUUUUAGUUAUCUGCUGUUUUAAAGAUGUUUUUAAAGAACAACUUCGCAAGAGACUUAACAAUUAUUCAAAAAAUGUUUUGGUUAUCUGGGGUUAUUUCUAAUUUAUCUAUCUAGUAUAUUGUAUGGUGGAAGAAGAAGCAGUCAUAUCCCACACAUGUGGAGAGGAAAAAAUAGUUAAGAUUUACAAGUAAGUUUUCAUAUUUUAUUAUAUAAUUGCAGUUAUUAUAACUGAUGCAUCACAAUGUACAGGAAGUAGCAUUUUGCAGUCGUAAACUGAGACAGACACACAGUCAAUGAAUGUCAGUCAGCACAUGUUUUGGCUUUGACGUGAUCAUCGUGAUAAUUACUGUCAUCCUCUCUGCUUCCAACAAAUGACACAGGUUGACAGACACACAUCUGACUCGAAAAGCACCUUGUAUUUAUAUCUGGUUAUCCCUUAACCAGUCUAUUAGUGGCUGAGCUGGUACAGAAGUUGACAGAGCAGAAUUGGCACAUUAAAACAUGACUUAGUGAUCAUCUAAUGGGAUUAACAGCUCUAUGUAAAGGGACUGUCAGACCGAGAGCGGAGUACCAGAAAGUGAGAAGCAAGCUCAUCAGCAAAAGAAAGGACACUUUGAGACCUCAACAAAAGUAAAUCAUCGAAAUGGCAGACACAGCCGUUGCAGCUCCCGCCGACAGGAAGGCACCACCCAAGUUCAAGCAGAGGACUGCACGUACCUUCAAGAGCAAAGCCCCUAAGCCAGGCCAGAAGGGAUUCGGAGACGACAUCCCUGGCAUGGAGGGCCUUGGCACAGACAUCACAGUGGUUUGCCCAUGGGAAGCCUUUGGUGACAUGGAGCUCAGCGACCUGGCAAAAUAUGGAAUCGUCUAGAAAAACCCCACCUGGUCUUCUCCACAAUGGUUUCCUCCCUGUGCUGGUUUUCCUUCGCCCAGUCUUCCUCUCUCACCCUGUUCCAACUCUUGCCUGCAGAAGAUGUUUUAUCAGUACGCUCUCAAAGGAGGCAGCUUCUGAAGAUUAAGAGGUUUGACCUGGGAAAAAAAAUAAAAUUCAGCACUCUC